AUGUCUGAUGAAGGAAGAUGGUUCAACGAUGAGAUUGUGCAGUUAUCCAAUGAGGAAUUUAUGUAUAUUAAGGGACAGAUGACUCAGGAAUGGCAGCUGUGUCCCAUAGGUGUGCUCGGUUCUUUGCACAGUACCAUACUGAAAUUGUUGUUCUUUUCUGCUUUGAAACGAUUUCUUGUAUUUUUAUACGCAAAAGGAAUAGUCAAGGAACUCACGCUACAUGUAACCUUCGUAGCUUCUGGACUGUUUAUAAUAGGAACCCAAAAUAAUUUCUUACCAAUUUGUACAUAUAUUAUGUUCACUGUUAUAUUACCAUAUUAUAAAUUUCUCUUUAACAAGCAAACUAAGCAAUACUUCUUCACAGCUAAAGAAUUUAUGUCAAUGCGCGGCAUACUGAUGAUUAUGUUAAUGAAAAUUACUUCAUUGUCAUUUGAUCUUUCCAAUGACUUCAAUGGCAAUAUCACAUUGUUGCACUUACUCUCCUACAUGUUUGACAGUUCAACUGUAUUAUUUGGUCCAUGGGUUACUUACAAACAGUAUCAAGACUCGUUAUACCUGAGGGAAUUCAAAGUAGAAAUCAUUAAUUGUUUUCGUGCUCUCAGCUACAUUGUUCUGUCACUGUUGGCUGUUAUCCAUUCGUCCUGCAUUGCCGACAGUUUUGUCGAAUUGCCUUUCGUUGGAGCAUACUUUGUUGCUCAGUCAUUCCGAUUUAGUCAUUAUUUUGUAAGCUGGUUUUCCGCUGGUACUUCGUUAUUGUCGGGUAUUGAUUCUGGUAUUAUCGCUGAUUGGAUUCAUAUCGAACUGCCUCGUUCUCUCGUAGACGUUGUUGUUUCAUGGAAUAUACCUAUGCAUCGGUUUUUACAUCAGUAUAUAUUUGGGGAGAUUAAAAAAUAUGGCUCUGCAGUUGCAAUUUUCAUCACUUACGUUGUUAGUUCUCUUUUUCAUGGCAUCAAUUUCCAGUUAUCUGCAGUGCUACUUUCGCUGGGAUUCUACACAUAUGCUGAGACAAAACUGAGAAGUAAAUUGAGUCGUUGCAUAGACUCAUGUGUUCGUGCAAGGAAAUGUCGCAAAGAGUGUCACCAUAAAUAUAAAGAGAAUGCUUUAAGUACGCUAGCCAUCAAUGUGAUGUUUCGAAUUCUAGCUCUCAUACAUUUGGUGUACCUCGGAAUGGCAUUUGAUGACAGUACAGCAGAAACGGGGUAUUCCUGGAGACAUACACUUUCGGUAUGGGCUGAUUCUUAUUACUUUAGCCAUAUAGUCGGACUAUUUUCGUUGUUACUGGCUUUCUAA